CGUUCGCUGGGUGCCGCCGCCGCCGAGGGCCCGCUUCCCCCGCAGCGCCACGGCCUGCCCUCGUCGCUGAGCCCCGGCAGCCCUCCGCGUCGUCCCGGACAUGUCGCCCACCGUCUCCCACAAGGACAACAGUCGGCAGCGGCGGCCGGGGGCUUUCAACCACUCUCCGGACAUGAAGAGCGGCCCCCUGCCUCCGGGCGGCUGGGAGGACCGUCCCCAGGAGGCGGCGGGCGGCGAGGGCGACAAGGAAGCCCUGCUGGUGCGGGACGCCGGCCCCGGCGAGCUCCCCAGGCCGCCGCGCGGCUGCCGCGCCGAGCUGAGCAGCAUCCUGCUGCUGCUCUUCCUGUACGUGCUGCAGGGCAUCCCGCUCGGCCUGGCGGGGAGCAUCCCGCUCAUCCUGCAGAGCAAAAACGUGAGCUACACCGACCAGGCUUUCUUCAGUCUGGUCUUCUGGCCCUUCAGCCUCAAGCUGCUCUGGGCCCCGCUGGUGGACGCCGUGUACCUGAGGAGCUUCGGUCGUCGCAAGUCGUGGCUCGUGCCCACGCAGUACACGCUGGGGCUGUUCAUGAUCUACCUGUCCGGCCAGGUGGAGCGCCUGCUGGGGGGCGCGGGCGGCCGGGGCCCCGACGUGACCGCCCUCACCGUGACCUUCUUCCUGUUCGAGUUCCUGGCGGCCACGCAGGACAUCGCGGUGGACGGCUGGGCGCUGACCAUGCUGUCGCGCGAAAACGUGGGUUACGCCUCCACGUGCAACUCGGUGGGCCAGACAGCGGGCUACUUCCUGGGCAACGUGUUGUUCCUGGCCCUGGAAUCCGCCGACUUCUGUAACAAGUACCUGCGGUUCGAGCCUCAGCCCAGGGGAAUCGUUACUCUCUCGGAUUUCCUUUUUUUCUGGGGAGCUGUAUUUUUGAUAACAACAACUCUAGUUGCCCUUCUGAAAAAAGAAAACAAAGAAGUAUCAGUAGGAAAAGAAGAAACCCAAGGGAUCACAGACACUUACAAGUUGCUUUUUGCAAUUAUAAAAAUGCCAGCAGUUCUGACAUUUUGCCUUCUGAUUCUAACUGCAAAGAUUGGUUUUUCAGCAGCAGAUGCAGUAACAGGACUGAAAUUGGUAGAAGAGGGAGUACCCAAAGAACAUUUAGCCUUACUGGCAGUUCCAAUGGUUCCUUUGCAGAUAAUAUUGCCUUUGAUUAUCAGCAAGUACACUGCAGGUCCCCAGCCACUAAACAUAUUUUACAAAGCCAUGCCCUACAGAUUAUUGUUUGGAUUAGAAUAUGCUCUACUAGUUUGGUGGACUCCCAGAGUAGAACAUCAAGGAGGAUUCCCUAUAUAUUACUACAUUAUAGUGCUGCUGAGUUAUGCGUUACAUCAGGUUACAUUGUACAGCAUGUAUGUUUCCAUAAUGGCUUUCAAUGCGAAAGUUAGUGAUCCGCUUAUUGGAGGAACAUAUAUGACCCUUUUAAAUACUGUGUCCAAUCUGGGAGGAAACUGGCCUUCUACAGUAGCUCUUUGGCUAGUAGAUCCCCUCACAGUGAAAGAGUGUGUAGGAGCAUCAAACCAGAAUUGUCGAACACCUGAUGCUGUUGAGCUUUGCAAAAAACUUGGUGGCUCAUGUGUUACAGCGCUGGAUGGUUAUUAUGUAGAAUCCAUUAUUUGUGUUUUUAUUGGAUUUGCUUGGUGGUUCGUUCUUGGUCCAAAAUUGAAAAAAUUACAGGAUAAAGGACCAUCUUCUUGGAAGUGCAAAAGAAGCAACUAAUGUAUUCACUACUGGACAUUCUAGGAAGGUAAACUAGUUUCAUUUAAUUCAGACAGCUAUGAUAAUCAGUGCACGAGAGUAUAAAAUACUAUUUUAAACAAGGAAAUUGUUAAUAUAAAAUGCCAAAUGAUUAAAAAAUAGAGACCUCUCUGUAUAGUUAAUUAUAUUUUCCUUGCCUUGUCGAUGUAUUUGAAGUUUACUUAAGGUCAGGAAACUGAUUCUUAAACAAGUUUUCUGGCCUUAUUAUUUGAUUUAUAUCUUUUUAAUUUACUGACCAAAGUAUAUUUUAACUUUCAGUGCAGUAGUCAUGGGUGGUAACCAUGCAGUCAAGUAUUGUUAUCAGUACUAUCAUUGAGCUGUAUUUAAAAUUUUGGUACAAUAUAUUAAAUGGAACAGAGGUUAAUAUUCAGGUACUAAUUACAACUAGUCUGGCCUUGUUGGCAGUUAAAUCUUAUUUUGAAUUGCAAAUUGGUUAAAUUCUAUGUGGAAUUUGCUGAGAAGAGAAUGCAGACUACUGAAAUGCCAUUUUAGUUGUUUUCUGACCAUAACCACAAUGUACUAAUGAAUCUGUGUUAAAAAGACUAUUUUAGAUGUAUUUCCUGCUUUUGUAAGCGUUAAAGAUUUAUAAGAAGAUUAUUCAAACUAUUUUUUAUAAAAUGAAAGCUAUGAUUUUUAAUUUAACGGUUCCCCUGCCCCCCUUUUUUGGAAGAUACUCUGAUUCCUUGUUAACUUUUACCCUAAAGCUUACAUAUGUUUUUUCUCAUAUGUGCUUCAUGACAUUACAGGCAGCUCAUGAAGGGAUCUAAUUUAAUUUAGUGUUGUAUGUACGUUCAUGGCAAAGUUUUGAAAAUAAAAAAUGUUUUUCUUCAAGCAGCUUUUUUUAUUACUGGAAGAAAAAAAAACAAUAGAGCUUAACGAUUAAAUAAAAUUUAAAUGAGUAAUACCAUAAUCUCACAGACUAAUGCUUAGAGAGAGACAAAGACAUUUGUGCCUUUGACAGGUUAAAUCACGUUGUGGAAGGAUAUUUCUUAAUUAAGCACUUUACUAGUGAGAAGAAUCUCACGAUUACUUUCUAUGAAAUUGGGUACUAUAUUUCCACUUAUUAAAACACAACCUUCUGUUUAUAAUGUUUGGUGAAGGAUUCGUAUCCCAGGAAAAUUAAGCUUUUGAAUACAUUAACAAUUCCCAACAUAUUCUGUACACCCAGUACAUAUUUAACAUUUUGUGAUGUAUGUUACUCUGACUUAAGAGAUUAUGUAAAUCCUUCCAAAAUUAUGGAAAAAGAAAGAUUAAGUUGAGUCUUACUUGAUUUUAUCCUUGUGGGAAAACACACUAAUUUUUUAUUUUGUUAAUUUUAUAACAUAGGUUGAAUUUUAGAGUGGGUUUUUUUAAUAAGUAAUGAAGGAUAAAAUGGGUGGGAGAAAAUGGCACUCCGCAUCUGAAGAUAGAGGCAGUUCUCUAGAACUCAUGCAUUGCCAUUGGAAAGCCUGUGUUGGGCAUUGAUGUCAUCCUGAAGAAUCACCUGGAAAAUCAUCCUAGACACGAGGAAGCUAUACCAAACCGUAGUCCACCAGACUUUAUUACAUGGGUUGUCCAUUAUCUUGUAUUAUAAUCAAAAUGUUUACUUGAAUAAAGAACCUACUUACUCUCAUA